CGAUGGCGGCGCGCGCGCGGGACCGUGGCUAAACAAGGGACCGCACCGGCGGCUUUUCCGCAGUCGGCCGUAGAUGUUGCUAAGCGCGGACUUUGUCGAAGUUGGGGAAGACUGGAGGGCGGCUGCGUCCCUUCCACGGUGGAGAUACCGGCUGGAGGGCGCCGCCUGGGAAGGCGCGCCUGUGCGGGCGUGGAAGGGGUUGCAGUCGCGCUGCCGCCGCCGCUAGUCUAUUGUCUCGCAAGCGGGCGUGACUCCCCCGACCCAAGAGCCCACCGACUUCAAUCGACGGAUUGGGGGGGGCGUCCUCGAAAGCCUUGUGGCUGGGCACGACAAGCAGACGCGGGCGCCUCGUGGAUUUGUAGUCGAGCGCCCGGACCUGACCCCUCUCGUCUCCUCCGGAGGUCUGCCGGUCUUCGGGGUGCAGACAAGCUGUUUGGGAAACGUCUGCUGCAGGCUGGGCGUUACAUCAUGUCCAAUAAAUCGUGGAUGAAAACGGUCCCCACAGAAAACUGUGAUGUGCUGAUGACUCUGGCAGAUACAACUGAUGACCACACAUUACUAUGGUUGUUGAACCACAUCCGUUUGGGAAUCCCAGAGCUCAUCAUCCAGAUUCGGCACCACAAGCACACCCGGGUCUAUGCAUUUUUUGUCACAGCAACUUAUGAAAGUUUGCUCCGGGGGGCAGACGAGAUUGGUUUGCGGAAGCCUGUGAAGGCCGAAUUUGGGGGUGGCAUGCGCAGUUUCUCCUGCGAGGAAGAUUACAUCUACAAGAACAUAGAAAAUGAACUCUAUUUUUUCACUUCUCAGGAACGCCAAAACAUCAUCAGGUAUUGGCUGGAGAAUCUGCGGGCCAAGCAAGGUGAAGUGCUGCACAACAUCCACUUCCUGGAAGGGCAGCCAAUCAUUCCUGAGCUGGCUGCUCGUGGCAUCCUCCAGCAAGUCUUCCCCAUCCACGAGCAACGGAUUCUGAACCGGCUGAUGAAAUCAUGGGUACAAGCCAUUUGUGAAGCCCAGCCUUUGGAUGAAAUAUGUGACUAUUUUGGGGUGAAGAUUGCCAUGUACUUCGCAUGGCUGGGCUUCUAUACGUCAGCCAUGGUGUACCCUGCUGUGUUUGGCUCCCUCCUUUACACCUUCACAGAGAAUGAUCAGACCAGCCGGGACAUUUGCUCUGUUAUAUUUGCCAUCUUCAAUGUUAUUUGGUCCACCCUGUUCCUGGAGGAGUGGAAACGCCGGGGAGCCGAAUUUGCGUACAAGUGGGGAACUUUGGACACACCAGCAGAAUCCAUUGAAGAGCCUCGGCCACAAUUCCGGGGUGUGAAGCGCAUCAGCCCAGUGACCAACACAGAAGAGUUCUACUACCCGCCUUGGAAGCGGUUGCUCUUCCAGUGUUUGGUGAGCUUGCCCAUCUGUAUCUUCUGCCUCUCCUUUGUCUUCCUUACCAUGCUGGGCUGCUUCGAAUUGCAGGAAUUUGUGCUGAGCAUCAAGGAGCUGCCACGCCUUGUUCGCUUCUUGCCCAAAAUCAUGCUGGCCGUCAUCGUCACCGUCUGCGAUGAAGUCUACAGAAAAAUUGCCUACUGGUUAAAUGACAUGGAAAAUUACCGCUUGCAGAGUGCCUACGAAAAACACCUCAUCAUCAAAAUGGUCCUGUUUCAAUUUGUAAAUUCAUACCUAAGUCUUUUCUACAUUGGAUUCUACCUCAAAGACAUGGAGCGCCUCAAGGAGCUCCUGCUCAUCUUUUCUCUCUUGCAAAGCCUUGUGCGUCAGCUUAAAGACGCGGUCCUUCCCUCCAUCACUCUGCAACUUCACCUCUAUCUCAUCUCCUUUAAGGGUUUGCUGAGUUUUUGCUGGCAUCUGGGCAUCUCCAAAAUGCUGGCUACACUCCUCAUCACCCGCCAGUUCUUGCAGAAUAUUAAGGAAGUCUCUCAGCCCCACUUAUACAGCAAGUUCAAGCGUGGUGACUUCAGUAUGCAAAACCUUCGGGAGGUGACCCAUACCCUCUUCCGCCUGCUGACCCAGAAGUACACGUUCACCACAUCGUAUGGCACCAACCCUCGGCACCCCAGGCAUGGUGACUCGCCGGCGGGCCAUAGGCCAGAGGUCCACGAGGCCCCAGAGGGGGCCGCCAAAGGGGAGAAGAAAUGCCUCAAUGGGGGGUGCGGCGUGCCUGAAGAAGAGGAAGAGGAGAAGAAGGAAUCGGACUCAGAAGACGAGAGCAUCAUUGACUGUGGGUUGAAGCUGAAAAAAGUGAGCUUUAUUGAAAAGGCCGACCGCAAGACGGGGGAUCCCAGUUUAGAGGACAUGAGCUUCCUGGAAGAAGGUAGUCCCACCAUGGUGGAGAAAGGGAUGGACCCGUCCUCGGUCUUUGAGCUGUGUGAGGAUGAUGAUGAGAGUGAUGAAGCCUCAGAGAGCCCGUUUAAGACCCUACCAGAAGCUAAAGAGCCAGCUGUUAUUAUGCGGACUCGGAGGGCACGGGUGGGCAAGAACCUCACAGAAGGGGAGGAAGAAGAAGAAGAAGAAGAGGAAGAUGGUUAUGAGAAUCGAAGACAUGCCAGAUCCUCAUGGAUCGAUCCACCAGAGGAGAACUACACCACGCAGCUUGCCCAAGCCGAAGUGGAGAGCUGCAUGAAAAAAUAUGAGGACACUUUUCAAGAUUACCAGGAGAUGUUCAUCCAAUUUGGCUACGUGGUCCUCUUCUCGUCGGCUUUUCCCUUGGCUGCACUGUGUGCCCUGAUCAACAAUAUCAUUGAGAUCCGGAGCGAUGCCUUCAAGUUGUGUACGGGGCUCCAACGGCCCUUCGGGCAGAGGGUGGAAAGCAUUGGAGAGUGGCAGAAAGUGAUGGAGGCCAUGGGCGUCUUGGCAAUUGUGGUGAACUGUUACCUGAUUGGCCAGUGUGGGCAGCUGCAGCGUCUUUUUCCUUGGCUGAGUCCGGAAGGUGCUAUAAUAUCUGUGGUGGUGCUAGAGCAUUUUGCCCUUUUGCUCAAAUACAUUAUCCAAGUUGCAAUUCCUGAUAUCCCGGCCUGGGUUGCAGAAGAGAUGGCCAAGCUUGAAUACCAGAGGCGAGAGGCCUUUAAGAAACACGAGAGACAGGCCCAGCACCACUUCCAGCAACAGCAGCGUCGUAAACGGGAGGAAGAGGAGCGUCAGCGCCACGCCGAAUAUCACGCCCGGAAAGAACGUGAGAGCAGCCGGGAGGAAGGCAAGGCUAAUGGUGGCGGGCAGGAUUCUGGACACGAGAAGAGUCAGCCCAAAGGGAAGGGUCCAGGAGGGUCGAGCCACGGAUCCGAGAAACCCAAACGGCCCAGCUCCCUCCUGGCCACCAACAACGUUAUGAAGCUCAAGCAGAUCAUCCCUCUACAGGUCCAAAGGAGUCGGUCGCUUUGCAGGACGGAAAAGAAGUGACUCUAAAGGAAGGGAUUUCUCUUUAUCUUCUAUACACAACCCCCGUCCUUCUCCAGAGCAAUUUUGCCAUCGCCGGCAAUACAUAAUUGACUGCUAAUAUAUUUGCUCCCCACAAGCCAGGUUGGAGAGGGAUUUCCAGCAGGUGCUGGCCACCUUUCUGGCCUGCUCCCGAAAACGCCCCUCAGAGGAUUUUCCGACCACUAAAUCCUCCAAAGGGAAAGGGGGGAAAAACAAUAAGCAAGUUCUGAUGUCUUGUCAUCCAAAUCACUCCUUUGUGCGAUGGGGAAGCCAAGUACUGGCCUCGCUGUAUUUUCACCCCAUGCAGAAUGCAAAAAAAAAAAAAAAGGACUGACCUGCAUGGCUUUGAUGCUCAAAGCUUCCUCUUUUUUUUUUUUUUUUGUGGUGGCAUCACUUUCAAGCUGUUUCGCAAGAGCAAUAACACAACACUAGCAGCUACCAAGUCCAUUGCUGGAUGCCAAGGAAAUGGCCAUGAGAGAAAGACUGGUAUGUUGGCUUGGACUCGUCCUGCACCCGUGUGGGUUUUUCAACGUAGCUUUUCUGUCUUCUUCUAUCAAGUUGGCAGAAGAGAAUCCCACUCGCAACUCUUAGCUGGGACACCAAGGAUUGCUCUCUUCUCUUGGUGGACUUGCCUGCCUGCAUUUCAUUCCCUAGCUAAAAUGGGCCACUUUCAUUCUGCUGAAUGGUUGGAGUACGAGAUGUCAUCGGGAUAACCAUUCCAUCCUCCUGCUUCUUCACUGCCUAACCACGGAAUGCAUUUUUCCCAGUGACCCAGUGCUCAUCAAGCUUUGCCAUGCCAGCCAAGCAGAGCUUAGCCAAACAGGCAAUUCACAGAAAGGCACGAUUUGAAGGCACCAAGAAUCCUCCCAAGCCAGAUGGGAUUUGAGGUGGGCAGGAAGGCUCCUUUCCCCUCCUCUCACGUCCCCCCCCCCCAAAAAAAAUUUUUUUGCAGCACCCCAGGCCCAACCCAGAUAUUGAUCUCAGAGUACCUACAAAAGCACUGGCCUCUUUCAUGUCUUACUCUUCUGAGUAAUUAACUGUACCAGAGGAUUCGGUUUUUUUUAACUGGAGGAAAGCAAAGGGGAGUAUUGUUUUUUAAUUGAUUGAUUUGCUGCAUUCUAAUUUAUUUCUCUGACUUGAGCAAGGAGACGAGGGUGGGAGAAUCUCAGUUUCUUUUUAAGUUAUUUUUGUCAUAUUUUUGUAAAUUUGGCAGAAAUGCAAUAAAAUUAUAUUUCAACAAAAGGAAUAAAAGUGGGGUAGGGCAGGGCUGACACCA